AUGAUAAAUGAAGACCCAAAGAUAUAGCAACUCUAUUCAAGUUUAUCAUAUUGUAUAAAAUAACUUGAUCAAAUAUUGUAAACUAAAAAGUAGCCUCCUUAAUAGAAAAACACUGCCGCUGAAAAAAUAAUCAUUAAAUAAGAAAGUGUUGAAAUGUUAAUUUUUAUUAUAUUCUAAGUUCUGAGGAUUACAAAAAUCUAACUAAAGAAUUAGAAACUUUGAAAGCCUAACAUGAAUCAUUAUUGAUGGAAAUUAAGAAAAUUAAAGAAAACUUAGUAAAUUUCAAAAAAAAGUAUUCUAAACUUGAUGAAGAAUUUUAAGCUUAAAUAGAACUAAUUAAAGAAUACAAAAUAACACAAAUCAACCCAAAGUAUAUAGAGCUGCCUCGAGAGGAAAUUAAUCUCUAUAAAUCUGUUAAAACUUAUAUAAACUUGAAUUAGUCUAGGUUUACUUUAUUUUUAAAAUCUUUAUUACAUGAAUGCAAAGAAGAAAAGUUUUUAAAUCUAGAUUAACUUCUAAACUCAAUCCAAGAUUAUUACAAAAACUAAUAAUUUUAUUUGAAACCAAAGUUUAGUCUAAAUAGUGUUGAGAGAGUUCGCUUACCUAGUUUGGAAAUUAGAUAUUUUACAAACAGAAAAUCUAAAGAUUAUAACUAAUAUAUCAACUACCACUAAGAUCGUAAAUCAUUAUCAUUUGCUAUUUGA